CCAGACGCCAUCGGCCAUACAUGGCAUGGCCUCACAUGGCUUCUCUUCAGACUCUCAGCUUCUCUCUGUUGAUGGUAAUGAUGGCUUGAUUGCUUUCGAAGUGUCAACACGCGAUUUACAAGCGGUCGUUACUGUUGUUGCAUGUGUUUUAAUAAUCGGAGUAACAAUUUAAAUCGCUGAUACGAUAUAUGGGAAUAUAUCUCUAACUAUAUCUAGCGUUUUACAUAAUUGAUUCAGUUUAAACUUAAGAGAUAUUGGUAAGAGCCCCAAUCUCGAGCGCAUAAAUAAGCGAAUUUUAUUAAAAUGGCUGUCAAGGAGAGACAAAACGAAACCUCGUUCGACGAGGUAGAAUGGAACGUGGAGAACGAGAUCCAACUUUUCUUCGCUAUGAAUGGACAUAAGCCAGUCGGUGUCAAUAAAUAUUUCCACAUGGUGUGUAUAUGGGAGAAAUUUCGUGCUGCCAUCCACAAAGAUGUUCCGUUGAAAAUAAUUUGGGAUCACUUGGAGUCCAUGUACGACCUUAUGGCUUUGGAUGACAUGGAAGAUUUACCUUUUCCCGGCCAUGAGAUAGAUUUUUCCUUACCGGAGACAGAUUUUGUGGGAAGGCCUAGAAAAAAGGAAGAAUUGGAGACAAAGCUAAAGGAACAGAGGGAUAAGUAUAAAGAGAUUAAGAAAGAAAAAGACACGAAAGAGAGUUUUAAGAAAGAUAGCGUCUUGCGUGAUUUCAAAGGAACCAAAGACGUGGAAAAGAAAAAAGAAGAGAUAAAGAAAUAUGUGAAGGAGGUAGAUAUGAAAAAGGAUAAGUUUAGAGAUGUAAAAGAGGCAAGGAAAGAACAUAAAUCUUCGAAAGGUCGUUCAAAAGGGAAGGAAGAUUCGGAAGAGAGCGCAUCGAAUGGAAAGAAGGAGCGUAAGGAUUCCGAAUCUGGUCGCGAACUCAUGAAAAGGAUUCCGAAGAGACCAACUCGACAAAGCGUGGAUAGUUCUUCCAAAGCUUCUUCCAGUCCACGCGAUACACCUCCGCCGAAACGAAGAAGAAUAUAACAGUCAUCGUUAAUAAGAAAGGCAUUCUUGCUUUUGUCUUACUAAGAGCCUUAAUUGCAUAAUUUAUCAUAUGAAAUUAUCACAAUAUGAUACUGUGUUCUAUUAAUAACAUGGAUGUAUAUAUAGACUAAAGUUGACUUUAUAAAAAAUUUAUACUAUGUGCUGUAAAUAUAUCACCUAUAAUAUCUUAUUA